GGGAAGGUUUGCAUCAUAGAAUGUACACUGUGAGCGGGCUUAUGGCGUCGCAUAUGGAUGACGCAGUGGCUCCGGGUCAGGCGCUCACCUCAAUACAUGAUGCUUUCAUCCGUCAAAAGCAGUUUCCCAAUGCUCCUUUCAAGAAUAUCACAAUGGGACCCCAGCAGCUUUGCAAGACCAUUUUUAACUCUUAAGCUUUGGCCGUUGUGCAUACUUGUUUCUGGGAAGAAAGAUUCUUUGAAUUUAGUGCCGCUCAAAGAGGAAGAACUAGAAGAACAAUUUGUAAGAGGACAUGGGCCUGGAGGACAGGCGACCAACAAAACAAGCAAUUGCGUGGUACUGAAGCACCUCACUUCAGGAAUCGUUGUUAAGUGUCAUCAGACAAGAUCCGUAGAAAUCAACAGAAAACGGGCCAGAGAAAUAAUGCAGAAAAAACUGGACGUAUUUUACAAUGGAGAAAACAGUGAAAUUUGGACAAGGAAGCGAGAGGCCAAAAGGUUGAAACAAGAAAAGAAAAAGAAGGCAAAAGACACUUUGGAGAAAAAGAAGCAGUUUAAAGAAAGUCUUGCUGCCUGUUCACAAGAAAACAGUGAAACCGCUUGAUAAGAAUUGCUGAAAUUGUCUCACAUUAUUCACCUUUUUGACGAUGCCUUUCAGAGACAUUUUGGGUGAAAUAUUGAGCAAUAGAAGAUAGCAUUGUCAGAGUUUAUAAAGCCUAGUCUGUUUUGUUUAUGGAACAGCCACUACAUUGAAGUAUAGUAAAAUGAGUCAUAUAUCGGAAGACAUACCAACUGAGGUAGAUUUUUUUUGUAUAAACAUUGCUUAUAUAGGAAUGUCCACAAUGUCAAACAUUUUCUUCAUAAUAAAAUUGAGACUUUUUUAGACUGAGCACACAAAUAAAAAAGCAGCAGACAAAAUCAUUCCCAUACAUUUAACUGAGAAGCUCUCCAACAUGCAGUAGAUAAAUUAGGUUCAGUUGCUGUCUGCUUUAAAGUUCCAUCCAGAGCCUUGGGAGAAAAGGCAAUUUAGUCAUAGGACAGCAUUCAGGUUAUGAACAUAAACUUUUUAGACACCAGCAAAAAGAUUCAGAAUUGGAUUAGAAUAAAGAAGAGCAAAUUCUUCUGCCUAUGAAGCUAAUUAUAAUGCUUUACAUGCAACCUUAAUCCAAGACAACUAACAACAUUUGAGAUAUGAUUGGCUCCAUUUCUUUUAUACAAUUGUAGCAAAUACAGAUAAACUGACUUGCUCAUGGCUGCACAGUGUCAGCAGUGGGAUUUGUACCCACAACCUGAGAGUCUGAAGUCAAAAUAGCUCAGCUGUUCCAAAGUCUAAUUUUCCAGAUUUUAAACCUUGUCUCUCGUUUAUCUGUUUGGGUUGUUUCUUCCAGAUUACCACAAACAUGAAUGUGAUGCGUUAUAUCUUGGGUCUUCUGCAGCCCUGAAUUAACCAUCUUAAUGUCCUGCUGGUUAAACAGUGGAAGGGCUGAGUGGGCACAGUUGUUAGUUUGUGCUUAGGGUAUCGGUUGGUCUUACUGCCGCCCUGUUCUUCUGUAUAGUGUGUUAAAACAUAUCACAGAACAGUCGGACGCAAGCUUAAAUUGAUCAGAAAAAUCUUAAUGUGUUUUGCCUAUGGUAUUUACACAAACAUAAUUAUGAGCAGUCUGUUUAAAUGUAAAAAAAUACUAAAAAAAAAGAGGUAAGUCAGUCGUGGAGAUUAAAGUGUAAUGCAAUUAGGACUUAAGCCAGGAAGCGCUCCUUUACUUAAAGAGUUGUGGGAAUCUGGAACAAACUACUGAGAUGUCAACACUGAAGCAACAAAAGAUCCUCCAGAUUUAUUUGAAACCAUUUUAAUGAAAAUACGUUUUAUUACUUAGCGUAAUAAAUACAUACAAAGAUGCAAGUAUCAGAUUUAUUACAAUAGUUUAUCCAAAUAAGGUAUUUUGGCACUAUCCUUAAAUUUGCCUCCUAAGGUUUUUAGUGUGUUAAAAAUAUAUCACAGGGCCUCAGUAUUUUUCAUUAAAGGCCCAAAACCAAGCCAUGCAUUUUUUUAAGUGAACUAGGAGCAAUGGCUACCAAGCAUGCAAAAUUGUUAGUUUUUUCUAUGCAAUCAAAGAAAAAAAAAAAAGGAAAAAGAAAACAAAAAAAAACUGAGAAGUGUUCUCCAGUAAAAGUAAAUAACACAGAAGAUUUAUCGGUCAAGUAUAACAUUUUAUACCGGUCAGUUGCUUUAUGCCUUGUUUUAAUUUCUCUCGUUUUGCAUUCCUUUGGGCAGCAGUUUAUCAAAAUGUGAAUAAGAGCAACUUCAGUUUCUUAAAAGAAAAGAAA